GCUAAACAGGAAGCCACAGAGCUGACGAGUUUACGGAUUAUUGGUAAGCGAAAGCAGCUUGCUUUCAGACAAUUUAUUUGGGGUUUAUGUACUCGUGGGAAGAGGGAACCCUUUUAAUGCCAAAAAUGGAAGACUGACAUGUUGUUCUAUGUACAUGUAAUUGUAUGUAUUAAAAACUGAGCGACAAUGAUGUCAGAAUGCGACCCGACAGAGACAGAGAGCAGCGAGCCCGCGCUGGACACCGGAGCUACAGCGGUGCCUGCUUCGGAGUGUAACUUUCACCCCUCAGACCGUCCAAAGGUGUUAUUAGACAGGAACAGCUUAGGUUUGGGACUUGCGGUGAAUCCUGGAGUUGCCGUCCGUAUUUCGGACUCUUGUGAAAGCGUCUUGACAGAGCUGGAGACCGACGGCUCGGGCGAAGAGGCGCUGUUGUUACCGUGUCUAGCAGGAAGCUCGGCGUCCCCGCGGGGUGCACGAGAGAAGCGGAGCAGGCGGAACAGACACAGCUCUUCGUCGGAUAAAGACACCUUGGCCUCCCCAGGUACCAACAGUGGGGACUUCAACCAUUUCCCUGAGGAUCCCGAGUUUGCAGAUAUCAUCCAAAGGGCGGAACAAGCUAUCGAAAAUUCCUUCUUUCCAGAGAGGAUUUCCCAGGGUUCCAGUGGGAGCUACUUUGUCAAAGACUCAAAAGGGAAAAUCAUUGGUGUUUUCAAGCCAAAGUCAGAGGAACCUUACGGUCACCUGAACCCCAAAUGGACCAAAUAUUUUCACAAGCUGUGCUGUCCGUGUUGUUUCGGCCGAGGCUGCUUGUUGCCUAACCAGGGUUACCUUUCAGAGGCUGCCGCCUCACUGGUUGAUACCAAGCUCGGUCUGGGGGUGGUGCCGAAAACAAAGGUGGUGUAUCUGGCUAGUGAGACGUUCCACUACAGCGCCAUCGACAGAGCCAAAUCUAGGGGGAAGAAGUAUGCCUUAGAGAAAGUCCCCAAGGUGGGACGACGCUUCCACAGAGUGGGCCUGCCACCCAAGGUGGGCUCAUUUCAGCUGUUUGUGGAGGGUUACCGUGAAGCGGAUUACUGGCUGCGGCGCUUUGAGGCAGAACCUCUGCCAGAGAACAUCAGGAAGCAGCUGCAGUCACAGUUUGAGCGGCUGGUGGUGUUGGACUAUGUCAUCAGAAACACAGAUCGCGGGAAUGACAACUGGUUGAUCAAGUAUGAGAAGCCAGGUGAAGGAGGAGAGGAACAAAAGGAUGAAGAGUGGCCAGAGAAUAAUUCAGACUCCUGCAUCAAGAUUGCAGCAAUCGACAAUGGCCUGGCCUUCCCCUUUAAACACCCGGACGAAUGGAGAGCCUACCCAUUCCACUGGGCAUGGCUCCCCCAGGCCAAGGUGGCCUUUUCCCAGGAGACCAGAGAACUGGUGCUAUCCCGCCUCUCUGACAUGAACUUUGUCCAGGACCUUUGUGAGGACCUCUAUGAGAUGUUCAAGACCGAUAAAGGCUUUGACAAAACCAUGUUUGAGAGACAGAUGUCUGUAAUGAGGGGACAGGUAUUGAACCUGACCCAGGCGCUGAAGGACGGGAAGAGCCCCAUCCAGUUGGUGCAGAUGCCCCGGGUUGUAGUGGAGCGCAGCCGCUCAGGCGGCCAGGGACGUGUGGUCACACUUGGCAACGCCUUCACACAAACCUUCCACUGCAAGCGGCCCUUUUUCUCCUCCUGGUAGUCAGGGAUGUGUGAGGAGUGAAGCUGAGGAGAGACUUCUGCCCUUUUUUGUCCUGAAGUCAGGAGGCGAGGGAGAAGAUGUGAACAUCACACUGGAGGCUGCUUAUUUCCUUGGCAAGGAAAGAAAUGAAGAGGAAGACAUGGAUGAGGAAAGUAAGAUUAGGAAUGUUUUGUGAAGGAAGUGGGUUUAGGACCAUUCCUCAUUUUGUGAGGAGAGAAGCAUUGGAGCUGGAGCGAUUGGCAUACCAGUGUCUCUCAGAGACCUUGGGGCUGUUUGUGGUUACCAUGGUGACUUGAUUGGAUAAUCGGCCUUUCCACAGAGGUGGGCUUUGUUUAUUGUUAGGAGGCAGAAAGGAAUUUUUUUUUUUUCAACCCACCCAAAGUACCUACUAAAGUCUCUUGCAGGGUCUAAUAGUGGGGCUAAUGGCCAAAGAACAUGCACUUCCAAACCACAAAGUAACAGAUCUGUGGUGGUGUUUGGGAAUCUAAAGGACUGGUUUCACAGAUCCAGACAGUCUUGUUCCUGGUCUGGGAUAAAGUCUAAAGAUUUUAGCUUUGCCUUGUAGGAUUACUUAUUAAAAUAAAGAUGUGCUCCUGCACUGCUGGAAGUGUUUGACUAGUGCUACACAACUGGGUCAAACCGCUCUUUACCCAGUGUUAGUUUUCAAAACCACAUCUGGUGAACAAACACAAAGUCAGUGUCUUCAACUCUCACUACUGCCAAAAUCUGUUUGUGGAAGGAAAUUUUAAAAGCCUCAAGAAAAGUAAUUGUUGAAACUUGAAUAUGAAACUUGGAGAAGGAGGACUAGUAAUACACACAUUGCUUGAAUGUAAUCUGUUUAGGAUUUCUAUACAGAUUCUUGCUCCUAAGCAUUUCAAAACGAGUGAAUGCUGUCAAAAAAAUAGACUUUUCCGGUAACAAUGAAUGUAUUUGUUGUUUGACAUGUAUUUAAUUGCUGGCAAGCAGCUUUCUCUUGAACCUCGUGGCAUGGGGGAUGGCACCUCAUCCCUCCCCUUUACAGUACAAUAUCUGAAGAGGAAAAACAAAACGGAAGGACAAUAUUUCGAUGCUGUUGUGUUUUCUUAUAUAUGCAUCUUGAAAUUUUUAAUCCAACUCAAUGAUUGUAUGAGAAAAGUUGUAUAUUUAACAGAUGAAAAAUAAAAAUUGGGAAAUUUGA